AUGGAUCUCGAGUCAGACGUCAAACCAGAGCCUCAGGAGGUGCAGGAACAGCUCCAACAAAACGAGGAGGACCAGCAGCUUCCCCCAUCCAUCAACGAGGGAAACAUCGAGGAUGGCGACGGAGAAAACGUGAAAGUUGACGAAAUGGACGACGAUGAGCUUCUCGCCGAAGAACAGCAGGAAAUCCAACAGAACGAGCCUGCAGACGAGCAGACCAACGAAUCCAGCAAACAAUUCGAAGAAAAUGAUAUCUAUAGCAUGCGUAGCCACAAGGAGUCGUCGGGUGAUGUGACCCGCAAAAAGAAGAUCAGAAAAAGCGCCGCCGAGGGACGGGUUCCCUCUGCCGAGGCUGAAGCGCCAUUUGCUAUGGACAAUUACGAGAACGACGGUGUAGACUAUUCUAACGAGGACCCCGCAACACGCAAGAGACGGUUGUUGGAGGAGAAGAUGGACAUGGCGGUCAAGAGCCGGACCGUCAAGCGUAGAAAGGCCGACGAAGAUGAUUUGGAACGGUUGCAAGACGACAAGAUCGACUUCUUGAAGAACAAGAUGAUCGAGGCCGCCAACUUGGACGUGGAGAAGAACUCGCAGGGCCAGGUGGCCGCGGAGAAGUUCAAGUUGCUACGCGAGGUGAUGGAUACCAUGUCCAAAGCCGACUUGGCCAUUUCGAUCUUGGAUAACAAUUUGCUCGAGGCGGUGCGGUUGUGGCUCGAGCCGUUGCCCGAUGCAUCGAUGCCCUCGUACCAGAUCCAGAAGGAGUUGUUGCACUCGUUGACCACAUUGCCCAUCAAGACGGACCAUUUGGUGGCCAGCGGAAUCGGCAAAGUUCUUGUUUUCUAUCAGAGAAGCAAGCGUACUGAGCCCGCGCUUAAGAAGAUCGUGGAUAAACUAAUAGGCGAGUGGACCAGACCAAUCUUGAACAAGUCCGACUCGUACAAGGACCGGACCAUCAAAUUCAACGACUACAACAAGUCCAAGUAUACGAACCAAUUGAGCUCGCUGAAAAAGAACAAGACCGUCGAGCCCAAGUCCUUGUAUGAGCAACAGGCCGAGAGAAGAAACAGAGCAGCCAUUCCUAGCGCCAGAACUACCGCGUAUAAGAUCGCGCCCAAGGUGGACCCUAGUUUGUUAAUGAGACAGCAGAGGGGAGGAGAGAUGUUCAACCGGAUCAACAGAAAGAUGACCAACUCGCGGAAGAAGGUGGUGAAGAAGACCGGGCCAUCGAUUGAAGGUAAGCAUUUGUCGAUGUAG